CGAAGAAGUGUACGUUGUUGUUGUCAGCUGUGGACACCGGCAAGAGAUGAGUGAAAGCAGGGAGAGUGAGAGCAAUGGUAAGGCAGUACCUCCAGCGUUGCCCCAAGUGUGGCUCAGGACUUGUGACGCAGAAACCAUCCGACCUGUCCAAGGAAAGCUGACUGGGAAGCUCCCUGCAUGGCUCAACGGGAGACUGACUCGCAAUGGGCCAGGUAAGGUGCAGUAUGGUGACACUCGCUUCAACCAUCUGUUUGAUGGCUCAGCCUACAUCCAUCAGUUCAACAUAAAGAACGGCAACGUCACCUACCAGUCAAGAUUCCUUCAAAGUGACACUUACAAACGGAACACAAAAGCAAACCGCAUAGUAGUGUCCGAGUUUGGCACAGCAGCGUUUCCUGACCCUUGUCAGACUCUCUUGCAGCGGUUCAUGAGUUUCUUCACACCACUGACUCAAAAUGAAGUAACAGACAACUGUGUAGUGAGUGUGUGUUACUUUGGAGACCAACUUUAUGCUCUCACGGAAACUAACAGGAUGAGACGCAUCGACCCGGAGACUCUUGCCUCCGUCGGAGAGAAGACACAGCUGGAUCACUACAUAGCUGUCAACACAGCUACAGCUCACCCACACAUAGACCCAGACGGGACAGUCUACAACAUGGGCAAUUCUUAUGUUGGUAUAAAAGGACCAACUUACAACAUCAUCAAGUUCCCACCACCGAAGGAGGUUGAUGGCAAAAAGAUAUCAUCUGUGGAGCAGGCAGAGAUCAUCUCCACUAUCCCCUGCCAGUGGAAAAUGUACCCAUGCUACUACCACUCCUUCGGUAUCACCGACAACUACUUCAUCUUCGUGGAACAACCCUACGUCUUCAACAUGAAGAAGUUCCUCCUAAACUGCUACAUAGGGAAGCCAUACUUAGAAGCAGUGGAGUGGUAUGGUCAGGAAAAGACGAAAUUCCGCGUGGUGCAGAGAGACACUGGUGAGAUGUUGGCAACAAACUACGUUACUGCCGCCUUUCUCACCUUCCACCACACUAACUCCUAUGAGAAGGACGGCCAAUUGGUCAUCGACUUGGCAGCCAUGGAAAAUGGAAAUGAGGUGAAUCAAUUGAUGUUAAAGAACAUUGAGAAACCAGAGUUCGAGUGUUCACUGGACACUACGCCAUUUCAUCGGCGUUUUGUAUUGCCUCUUAAUGUGAAGAAUUCUCCAGAAAAUACGAACUUAGUAACACUGAACACUAAAUGUUCUGCCUAUAAGCGCAAGAAUGGAAGUAUUGAGGUAGAGGGACAGGUGAUCUCCAAACAGUACUUUGAUCUUCCUCGCAUCAACUACAAGUACAAUGGGAAGGAAUACACUUACUCCUACGGUGUGGAAGUUAACCCCAAAGGAGUAGAGUUUUCUCAGCUUGUGAAAAUGAACGUGCAAACUGGAGACGUCUCCUUGUGGCACGAGCAGGGCAAGGUGGUGAGCGAACCUGUGUUUGUGGCGGCUCCAGACGCUACCAGCGAGGAUGAUGGUGUAGUGCUCUCUACCCUCAUAGAUAAGAAAGAACCAAAGUUGGUGGCGUUGCUGGUGAUGAACCCCAAGACGUGGACGGAGAUGGCCAGGGUGGAGUUUGAGGCGUGCGGAAUUGUCACCUCCACCUUCCAUGGACAGUUCGCUGCUGAUGAUGAACCUGUUCAUAUUUUAUAAGAUCACCUGUAUCAUGCUCUUGAGGAAUAUUAUUAACAGAUGAAUUUUAUCAACACUUGUGAUGAGGAUAUUUUAGUAAUACAAGUUAAUAUCAUAAACCUGGCUACUGUAGCCUACUAACAUUCUAACUAGAACUUUACCAGCCCCAUAAUAUAUUGUAUUGUACCAUAUUCACUUUACACUUUGUGGAAUGCUGUACUGUACUGUAAUAUUCACGGUGCACAUAGUGGAAUGUUGUAUCGUAAUGUACUGCAUCAUACUGCACACUAUGAAGAUUGUUGUAUUGUAAUGUACUAUACCAUACUCACUGUGAACUUUACGGCAAAACUGCAAAACUAAGCACGAGAUAGAAUAUGCAUAUGCACUUAAUUCCUCAACAAUGUUUUCCGUUACAUAACCUGGCAGUUGCGAUAUAGUACAGUAAUGUUAGUAGCAUUGAGUACAUCUUCAACAGUGGUGUAGAAAACAUCAUGUAUAGUACAGUAGUACUAUUAUGUAUCCAAACACAAUUUUAGUAACAAAUGUUAAUAAAAAUAUUAAUCUCAUAUAAAAUAUUCACAGUAAAACCUUAAAUUCAAGAUUUACUUUCAUUGAUAGAGUAAAGUAUUAUACAGUAAUUACAUUUAAAGAUGAAAAAUGAUUUCAUUAUAUUACUUACAAAUUGUAGUUCAACUUGAAAUUUGGAAACAGCAUGGCAUCCCAGUGGCCCCCCACCCCCCAUACUCUCCAGAUCU